CAGGAUAAAACCCCGCAGUCACGGUUUAGUUUCCUGACCUGCAUCAUGUUUUGUUAUUGAGCCUGUAUGAUCCGCGGCGAUUGACCUUUAAACGUGCACUGGGAAAACCCACAUCCAUUGCAGUUGCGCAAUUCCGACAACAACAGUUUUUGCAACCGCGGCCCGCAAUACUUAUCAGUGACACACGAAGCAAACCAGGAAAUGCAAAUGGUGGUUCAAUACCCAGGCCAAAAUGAUCACAAUACGAAUUCUCCAAAGAUCUGCACAUACAGAUAAUUUGAUGGCUUUGCAUUGCAAGUCAUAGGCCUAUAGUGUAUCGGAAGGUAUUGGUUCCAGUUGGGCUUGGUAGAAGCCACAGACCUCAAUGUUAAGUUCCUGUUGUUUUUCAAGAUGAUAAAGAUAGAUCAACAUCACACUGAGCUAAUGUGUUCAAUGUCACCGACACGCUGUUUAUAUAUCCUCGUUAUGUCAGCCUCGCUACUUGGAUCAAUGUUGGGCGCUAGCGGGAAAUCCAAUAACGUUAUUGAGGGCUUGGUGUCGGAUUAUCUCAAAGAGGAAGGACGGCUCGAAAUUGAAGGUCGUACCAUCGUGUACAAGGCCUAUCUCAGGGAAUUCACAUUCCCUACCGUCUUUGACGCCAUAGCAACAGACUCUGCCUCCGGCAUCACUGCAUCCACAUCGAAGGAGGAGAAAUUCGACGACCCUCAAGAUGCAUAUCACAAAGCAGUGGCAAACCUGCUAGCUGUUCUUCGGGAGAAAGGUCUGAUGAAGAACCCGAAUCCAAAACCAACACCAACCCCAGAACCGGAACAAAAGUCAGAACAGUCGCAGAACCAAGAACCGGAAAAGGACCCGACACCAGGGGGAGACAGCGUCAGUGAGCCAGAGAAACCGAGUCCGGCGGGGCCAGACCCCGCGAUCGACGAAAGCCAGAGUAAAAAUUCUGGCGAUGAUUUGGAGGGGAAAAUGGAAGAACGCGAUGGCCAUCAAGUUGGACAAGAGAAUGUAAAGAUUUGGGCAGUUGUUCUGCAAGCAUUAUGCACCAUAUCGAUCACUGCUAUACUGGAGCUGAUUCCGUGUUCUCCACUGAAGACGGUGACUGUUGGUUCUCUAGGAAUUCUGCUGGCUGGAAUCGUCUUUUAUUGCAUCUUAGGUUGGAAUAUUUUCAUGAGUGGCGCAAUAGCAAUCGCUGCUUUUGUGUUCGUUGAAAUAUUGCAAGCGAGUUACAAGAAACUAGGCCUACCCAACGAAGAGGUUAUGAAGCAGAUCCAGGCAAUCGUAAAGCCCACAGCUGUCUUCCUUCUAGAAGUGGUCCCCGAUUGUCAAGGAUCCUACGCAGCCCAAAAGAUGAAGCCAGCUCGCCCCACAAAGGAAAUGCUGAAGCAAACAACUAAUUAUGUGCUUGGGUCGAAGUGCAAAGGACUGGCCUUCAUUCUAAACAACAGCGAUUUCGACCAAUGCGAGCGGGAGGGCUCACAAAUCGACAUGGACAACAUGAAACAUCUUUUUCAAGAACUCGGAUAUGAAAUAGUCUGCCAUGAAGAUUUGACAGGACAGGAAAUCACCGAGAAUUUUAAGGAGUUCGCCUCCAAGUUUAAUCAGGAGGGCGCCCGCUACGACUCGGCCGUGAUAGUCUUGAUGAGCCACGGCGACAAGGGAGUCAUUCUCGGCACUGAUCGCGCUCACGUGAAACUGCGAGAUUUGCAGCGAGAGCUGGAAGCCGAUCAAUGUCCGGGGCUGAAAGGGAAACCCAAAAUGUACUUCGUGCAGGCUUGCAGGGGAAGAUUGUCUGCUAUUCUACCUGUUGCUCACGACGGGCCCAAUCCAUCGUCUGAUGCCCCAGGAUCCAUCCGGCCAUGUCAGGAAUUGGUCCCUGUGCAACCUGACAACUUCGCUGAAAACAUUAGGGACAUGGCGGAUGUACACUUCGCGUACUCCACAACAGAUGGUCAUCUUUCUCUGCGGAGUGAGGUCAUCGGUUCCUUCUUCGUCCAAGCCCUGUGUGAGGUCUUCUUCGCUCGCGCCCAUGAGGACAAUCUGGAUACACUGAUGAAUAAGGUAACCGAUCGAGUGAACCGCAUGAAAGGCAAGCUGUACGACCACGAAUCCAAAGAAUGGAUUGUCGUCAACCAAACGCCGGAAUGCGUCAAGCGCAUGCGCAAGGCUGUCUACUUCCUCCCUAAGUAUUCCACUCAUGAUUAAAUUAUUGAUUGUAAUGUGAAGUUUGAACCGUGCCAUCUAUAAGCAUACUUAACUUAGCCUCUUUCUACGUGACUGACUGACAAGAGCGGAUCGAGGGGGGGGGGGGGGGGGGGACGGGGGCCG